GUUCUUUAUAACCCUCUCCUCCAUCCUUUCAUUUCCCUCUCCGUUCCGUUCUGUGACUUCGUCAAAAUCGACUGUACCGUUACAAUUCACCGAAUCGUAUGGUGAAAAGAUAGAGAUUGAUAGACUCAGGGGGCGGAGUUGAUACAGUGUAAUGGCGUCCAUGGUAACGAAUCCAGUGACGAACCUGAAUUCUGAUCGGAGCAGGAGGAAAAAGAAGAAAUCAAUGAUUAAAGACAAUCAGACGAACUGUAACCAGUCCCACUUAACCAGAUGGAAAUCAGAGGCGCAACAGCAAAUCUAUUCCUCCAAGCUUCUUCAAGCCUUGAGCCAGGUCAGUCUCGACGCUCCUUCUUCUUCGGCUCCGCGCGGUGGCCGAGCCGUCCGUGAAGCUGCCGAUAGAGCCUUGGCCGUAGCUGCUAAAGGGAGAACAAGGUGGAGCCGGGCCAUUUUGACGAGCCGGCUUAAGCUGAAAUUUAGGAAGCAGAAGACAGAGAGAUCAGCCGUGGCUUCCGUCACCGGGUGUAGCCGGUCGAAGAAACCGAGAUUUAGCGUUUCGAAAUUGAAAGCCAAAAGCUUACCGGCUGUUCAAAGAAAUGUCAAGGUUCUAGGCCGGUUGGUUCCCGGUUGCCGGAAGCAACCGUUACCUGUUAUUCUUGAAGAAGCGACUGAUUAUAUAGCUGCGCUUGAAAUGCAGGUUCGAGCCAUGACCACUCUGGCCGAGCUGCUAUCUGGUUCCGGUGCGACCACCUCCGCCCCUGCCGCCGCAUCCGAAUAGUCAGUAACACUUUUUUUUUUUUUGCUUAGUUGCCAAGUCAUCUUCAUCUCUCUUUUCUUGUUCCCUACUUAUUUUUAAUUUUUUUUUCUUUCCCAUUGCCUCUCUAGUAAUCAAUCCUCCUGUUAAAUACAUGUCUUCUUUAUCUCAUAUUUUCAUUUUAU